UAAGCUCGUUUGCUGACUGACAGCAAGCUUAGUAGUGGGUUCUGUUUAUAGUCUUUUUUUUUCUGCUUGCUAUCUUUGUUUUAUGAAGAGGUGUGAUAAAGCAUAGUUACAUAUAUAAGACACAAAUAACAAGCAGCAGUAGAAACAUCGUCAGCGACGCGACAACGAGAGGCCACAUACAUAUAUAGAUAGACAGAACCAACAUCGAAAGCGACAACAGAGGAAAGAAAGUAAUUACGAAUAGCGACUUCCAGCAUUUCUACCAUAUACAGACGCUUGACAAUGGAAGAGAGGGCACAAAAACUCAUCGAAUUUCUUCGAAAUGAAUGCAUUAAACGGGGAUGUACAUCAGGUAUUAAAGGUCUGGGUCUCAUUUUCCGAUCAAUGGACAUCGAUUUUUCUAAAAGAUUAUGCUUCGAUGAACUGAAACUCGGUAUCCAGAGAUAUGGAAUUGAGAUUAGCGAUUCUGAUCUGCUUAUACUUUUCAAUGCCAUAGAUAUAGACAAUAAUAAAACUAUUGAUUUUGGUGAAUUCAUGCAUAAGUUACGCCCACCACUGACAGGAAUUCGCCUGGCUGUUGUCAAAGAAGCAUUUCAAAACUUAGAUGUUAAUAACGACACUGUAAUUGCUGUGGACGAUCUCAAAGUAUUCUUUGCGAAUAAUGCUAUGGAACAUCCUAAAUAUCGUUCUGGAGAAUGGACAGAAGAAGAGACUUUACGGAAUUUCUUGGACGGUUUGGACACACCUGGUUGCUGUGAUGGCAAAGUAACCGAAGAGGAAUUCAUAAAUUAUUAUGCUGGGGUCAGUGCUACUGUAGAAGACAGUAGCUACUUUGAUCUUAUGAUGAGAUCUACAUACAAACUUCCGGCCAAAUCUACUUGUUAGGUGAUAAUUUAAAAACACUGGUCAAACAACUAUACAGUCUCUACACAAUGGAAUUGUAAUAUAAAAGUUAUGUUGCGAAUACACACUCACAUACACUCUCACACGUACACAGAUACACACUCACGUACGCACACACAUACACAUUCGCGCGUGCACACACACACUUAUACACAUAUACAGAGAGAGAGGGGGGAGUGUCACAGGUAUUUUAAUUUAUUUUCAAAAUAUACCUAAUAUACUGCUUUAUUAAAACUGGUAGUAAUAUAUGCUUAUAUAUUCUCGCAUGAAUACAGCUUUAUGUUCAUGCAUGACAGACUACAGACAUUCAUGUAUUUUUUAUCUCGAAAAACAAAACCUAACCUACAAAUGUAUACAUACGUGGUCUGAUCAAUAAGUAUCCGGACUGUUGCCAUAGUAGUGAAGCUAAAGCAAGCAGAGUAAAGGCGCUUAGCACAGAUUGGUCUUGAACUCAGGUGUGCAUGUGCACUAUGUUUUAACGUUCUAGCUCACUUCCGCUGUUUACAGCAGUACAUGGAAGGAAGGUGUGUAGCGUGUGAUCGUCGCAUUGACCAUGACAGAGAAAGCUGAGCAGAGUAUCUGUAUCAAACUUUGCCAAAAUUUUGGCGAUACCUGCUCAGAGGCUUACGCAAAGUUUUCAGAAAGUUUUCAUCGUUCUCAACACAAUCAAAGAGAUCUUAUGCAUCUGAAAUCCGAGUGUUUUUUCAUUUUUUUUUUAUCAGCUGAAAGUAGUUUUCACACAAACUUGGCAAACACGAGUUUCAUAUUCAAAUCUUCAGUGAUAAUGAACUGAACUGAAACGUAACUAAUCUGCACAUCCUUUGAUAACUCACGGAUGGUGAUUCGACGAUUUCCCCUCACAGCUUCACGCACAUCUGCGAUGUUUUCUCAGUUCUGCGGGUUUCCCAGAAUGUUCAUCAAUAUCUGAACCACUCGUACACUUGUGUGCGGCUCAUACAUCUCUCUCCAUACACUUUCUGCAACUUUGCGUAGGCCUCUGAGCAAGAAUCACUAUGACAGCUUUCUCUGUCAUUGUCAAUGCGAUGAUCA